AUGGUUUACUUCAACUCACAGAUCGCUGAUUCGACAGCUCCGUAUCGAAAUGUACGUCGUGUACAGUUCGGUAUCUUAUCACCGGAUGAAAUAAAACGUAUGUCAGUUACAAAUCCUCCAAUUGAACAUCCUGAAUUGAUGGAAGGAGGAAAACCUAAAGACCGUGGUCUAAUGGAUCCACGACAAGGACCACCUGAUCGAAAUUCCAAAUGUAAAACAUGUGCUGGUUCAUAUAUCGAUUGUCCAGGUCAUUUUGGUCAUAUCGAAUUAACAAAGCCAGUUUAUCAUGUUGCUUUUCUUUCGAAAGUCUUAAAAGUUCUACGUUGUAUCUGUUUUCAUUGUUCGAAAUUACUCGUUGAUCCAAAUGAUCCGAAAAUUGUUGAUAUUUUGAAAAAAACCAAGGGACAAUAUCGUCGACGUUUAGCUUUUGUUUUCGAUGUUUGUAAAGGACAAAAAGUUUGUAAAGGAAGUGAAAGUGACAACAACAACGAAGUAACAUUGAAAUACAGUGGUGGCUGCGGUCGUGCUCAACCAAAAUAUCGUCGAUCUGGGUUAGAUGUUUACAUCGAAUGGAAAAAUGUUCCGGAUGAAAAUCAAGAAAGAAAGAUGAAAUUAACUGCUGAACGUGUCUUAGCAAUUUUCAAAUCAAUUCCGGAUCAAAUUUGUCACAUACUUGGAAUGGAUCCACGUCAUGCAAGACCUGAUUGGAUGAUUAUCACUGUCCUACCUGUUCCACCCAUGUGUGUUCGCCCAUCUGUAUUAGUAUUUGGUACAGCACGUAGUCAAGAUGAUUUAACAUAUAAUUUAGCAAAUGUUUUGAAAGCAAAUAAAACUUUACGUGAAGAUGAACAACGUGGAACAGCUUCGCAUAUUGUUGAUGAACAUUUACAAUAUCUUCAAUAUCAUUGUGCAACAUUAAUUGAUAAUGAUAUGCCUGGAAUGCCUCAAUCAUGUCAUAAAAGUGGAAGACCAUUAAAAUCGAUCAAAGCACGUCUUAAAGGAAAAGAAGGACGAAUACGUGGCAAUUUAAUGGGAAAACGUGUUGAUUUCAGUGGUCGAACAGUUAUUACACCAGAUCCUAAUUUAGCUAUUGAUCAAGUUGGUGUGCCACGUUCAAUUGCACAAAAUUUAACAGUACCAGAAAUUGUUACACCAUUUAAUAUUGAAUGGUUACAAGAAUUAAUUCGUCGUAAUGGAGCGAAAUAUAUUAUUUGGGAAUCAGGUGAUCGAAUUGAUCUUCGUUUUCAUCCAAAAGCAACGGAUUUACAUUUACAAUGUGGUUAUAUUGUUGAACGACACAUGAUGGAUGAUGAUUUAGUUGUAUUCAAUCGUCAACCUACAUUACAUAAAAUGUCCAUGAUGUCACAUCGUGUAAAGAUUUUACCAUGGUCAACAUUUCGUUUAAAUUUAAGUGUGACAACACCAUACAAUGCUGAUUUUGAUGGUGAUGAAAUGAAUUUACAUUUACCACAAUCAGUUGAAGCCAAAGCUGAAUUAUCUCAAUUAAUGAUGGUACCACGUUUAAUUAUUACACCACAAUCGAAUCGUCCUGUUAUGGGUAUUGUACAAGAUACAUUAACAGCUGUGAGAAAAAUGACACGUCGUGAUGUAUUUAUUGAAAAAGCAGAUUUUAUGAAUUUAUUAAUGUUUUUACCAUCAUGGGAUGGACAUAUUCCACAAGCAGCAAUAUUGAAACCGAAACCAUUAUGGACCGGUAAACAAUUAUUUUCAUUAAUUUUACCAAAAGAAGUCAAUUGUGUACGUACACAUGGUCAACAUCCCGAUGAUGAAGAUAAUGGACCAUUUAAAUGGAUUUCACCAGGUGAUACAAAAGUCUUAGUCGAAAAUGGUCGUCUUCUUUCAGGAAUUCUUUGUAAACGAACAUUGGGAACAUCAGCUGGUUCAUUAGCACAUAUUGUUUUCAUGGAAUGUGGCCAUGAAAAAGCUGGAAAAUUAUAUUUUCAUAUUCAACUUGUUGUUAAUAAUUGGUUAAUGUUAGAAGGACAUUCCAUCGGUAUUGCUGAUACAAUUGCUGAUCAACAAACGUACGAAACCAUUCAAUCAACAAUCAAAAAAGCUAAAAAUGAAGUACACAAAGUUAUCGAACGUGCACAUCGUGAUGCUUUAGAACCAACACCUGGAAAUUCUUUAAGACAAACAUUUGAAAAUAUGGUCAAUGGUUUAUUGAAUAGUGCACGUGAUAAUACCGGUUCAUCAGCGCAAAAAUCUUUAUCGGAUUUCAAUCAAUUCAAAGCAAUGGUCGUUAGUGGAGCCAAAGGUUCAUCGAUUAACAUUUCUCAAGUUAUUGCUUGUGUCGGUCAACAAAACGUCGAAGGAAAACGUAUUCCAUUCGGUUUCAAACAUCGAACAUUACCACAUUUUAUUAAAGAUGAUUAUGGACCUGAAGCAAAAGGUUUCGUUGAAAAUUCUUAUUUACAAGGUUUAACUCCCGUAGAAUUUUAUUUCCAUGCUAUGGGUGGUCGUGAAGGUUUAAUUGAUACUGCGGUUAAAACAGCUGAAACUGGUUACAUUCAAAGAAGAUUAAUUAAAGCUAUGGAAUCAGUUAUGGUGAAAUAUGAUGGAACUGUUCGAAAUCAAAUUGAACAAUUAAUUCAAUUUACUUAUGGUGAAGAUGGUUUAGCUGGUGAAAACGUUGAAUUUCAAUCAAUUAUUUCAUUGAAACCAUCGAAUCAAUUUUUCGAACGUCUUUGUAAAUUCGAUUUAUCAUCUGGUGAAAAAUCUGUACGAAAAUAUCUUACUGAUGAAGCGAUUCGUGAAUUAUAUACGAAUGAAUCUUUACAAGCAAUAGAAGAUGAAUGGAAACAAUUGAACGAAGAUCGUUACAAUCUUCGUCAAAUCUUUCCAACAGGUGAUGCAUCGAAAAUCGUUUUGCCUUGUAAUUUAGAACGAUUAAUCUACAAUGCAAAGAAAACAUUUCAUAUCUCAAAUCGAACACAAACGAAUUUAUCGCCUAUGCAAGUUAUUCAAGGUUUACAACGAUUAACUGAACGAUUAAUCAUUGUUAAAGGUGAUGAUCGAUUAUCACAUGAAGCCCAAUACAAUGCAACGAUGUUAAUGAAUAUUUUGUUACGUUCAUCGUUAUCGUCGAGACAAGUUUUAGAAAAUCAUCGUUUAACUGAUGAAGCAUUCAAUUGGCUUUGUGGUGAAAUCGAAACACGAUUUCAACAAGCACAAGUUCAAGCUGGAGAGAUGGUUGGUGCAUUAGCUGCACAAUCUCUCGGUGAACCGGCAACACAAAUGACUUUGAAUACAUUUCACUACGCUGGUGUAAAUUAUCAACGUAUCGAAAAAACCGAAAACACCAUCNCACCAUACAAUGCUGAUUUUGAUGGUGAUGAAAUGAAUUUACAUUUACCACAAUCAGUUGAAGCCAAAGCUGAAUUAUCUCAAUUAAUGAUGGUACCACGUUUAAUUAUUACACCACAAUCCAAUCGUCCUGUUAUGGGUAUUGUACAAGAUACAUUAACAGCUGUGAGAAAAAUGACACGUCGUGAUGUAUUUAUUGAAAAAGCGGAUUUUAUGAAUUUAUUAAUGUUUUUACCAUCAUGGGAUGGACAUAUUCCACAAGCAGCAAUAUUGAAACCGAAACCAUUAUGGACCGGUAAACAAUUAUUUUCAUUAAUUUUACCGAAAGAAGUCAAUUGUGUCCGUACACAUGGUCAACAUCCCGAUGAUGAAGAUAAUGGGCCAUUUAAAUGGAUUUCACCAGGUGAUACAAAAGUCUUAGUCGAAAAUGGUCGUCUUCUUUCCGGAAUUCUUUGUAAACGAACAUUGGGGACAUCAGCUGGUUCAUUAGCACAUAUUGUUUUCAUGGAAUGUGGCCAUGAAAAAGCUGGAAAAUUAUAUUUUCAUAUUCAACUUGUUGUUAAUAAUUGGUUAAUGUUAGAAGGGCAUUCCAUCGGUAUUGCUGAUACAAUUGCCGAUCAACAAACGUACGAAACCAUUCAAUCAACAAUUAAAAAAGCUAAAAAUGAAGUACACAAAGUUAUCGAACGUGCGCAUCGUGAUGCUUUAGAACCAACACCUGGAAAUUCUCUAAGACAAACAUUUGAAAAUAUGGUCAAUGGUUUAUUGAAUAGUGCACGUGAUAAUACAGGUUCAUCUGCACAAAAAUCUUUAUCUGAUUUCAAUCAAUUCAAAGCGAUGGUCGUCAGUGGAGCCAAAGGUUCAUCGAUUAACAUUUCUCAAGUUAUUGCUUGUGUCGGUCAACAAAACGUCGAAGGAAAACGUAUUCCAUUCGGUUUCAAACAUCGAACAUUACCUCAUUUCAUUAAAGAUGAUUAUGGACCUGAAGCAAAAGGUUUCGUUGAAAAUUCUUAUUUACAAGGUUUAACUCCCGUCGAAUUUUAUUUCCAUGCUAUGGGUGGUCGUGAAGGUUUAAUUGAUACUGCGGUUAAAACAGCUGAAACUGGUUACAUUCAAAGAAGAUUAAUUAAAGCUAUGGAAUCAGUUAUGGUGAAAUAUGAUGGAACUGUUCGAAAUCAAAUUGAACAAUUAAUUCAAUUUACUUAUGGCGAAGAUGGUUUAGCUGGUGAAAACGUUGAAUUUCAAUCGAUUAUUUCAUUGAAACCAUCGAAUCGAUCCUUCGAACGUCUGUGUAAAUUCGAUUUAUCAUCUGGUGAAAAAUCUCUACGAAAAUAUCUCGCUGAUGAAGUGAUUCGUGAUUUAUAUAAGAAUGAAUCUUUACAAGCAAUAGAAGAUGAAUGGAAACAAUUGAACGAAGAUCGUUAUAAUCUUCGUCAAAUCUUUCCAACAGGUGAUGCAUCGAAAAUAGUUUUGCCUUGUAAUUUAGAACGAUUGAUCUACAAUGCAAAGAAAACAUUUCAUAUCUCAAAUCGAACACAAACGAAUUUAUCGCCCAUGCAAGUUAUUCAAGGUUUACAAAGAUUAACUGAACGAUUAAUCAUUGUUAAAGGCGAUGAUCGAUUAUCACAUGAAGCCCAACACAAUGCAACGAUGUUAAUGAACAUUUUGUUACGUUCAUCAUUAUCGUCGAGACAAGUUUUAGAAAAUCAUCGUUUGACUGAUGAAGCGUUCAAUUGGCUUUGUGGUGAAAUCGAAACACGAUUUCAACAAGCACAAGUUCAAGCUGGAGAGAUGGUUGGUGCAUUAGCUGCACAAUCUCUCGGUGAACCGGCAACACAAAUGACUUUGAAUACAUUUCACUACGCUGGUGUGUCAGCGAAAAACGUUACUUUAGGUGUACCGCGUCUCAAAGAAAUUAUCAACGUAUCGAAAAAACCGAAAACACCAUCGUUAACGGUUUAUUUAACUGGACAAGCAACAAACGAUGCAGAAAAAUGUAAACAAGUCUUGUGUCGUCUCGAACAUUGCACAUUGAGAAAAGUGACGGCAAAUACAGCGAUCUAUUAUGAUCCUGAUCCACAAGAAACAGUUAUUUCUGAAGAUCAAGAAUGGGUGAAUACGUAUUAUGAAAUGCCUGAUCAAGAUAUCACAAAUAUUUCUCAAUGGUUAUUACGAAUUGAAUUAGAUCGAAAACGAAUGACGGAUAAAACUUUAACUAUGGAACAAAUCUCUGAAAAGAUUUCUCAAGGCUUCGGUGAUUGUCUCAAUGUUAUAUUCAAUGAUGAUAAUGCAGAAAAACUUGUUUUACGUAUUCGUACAGUUGAUCAAACGAAAAAUGCAACAGGAGAAGAAGCCGAAGAUACAACACGAAUGGAUGAUGAUACAUUUUUACGUUGUUUAGAAUCAUCGAUGUUGUCUGAUUUAACUUUACAAGGUAUUGAAGCCAUUGCCAAAGUUUAUAUGGUCAAUCCAAAACUCGAUGAAUCGAAGAAACGUAUUCAAAUUAGUGAAAACGGUGAAAUUGAAAAAAUCGCUGAUUGGAUGUUAGAAACUGAUGGUACAGCAUUGAAGAAAGUCUUAUCAACAAAAGAUGUCGAUUCACGUCGAACAUUUACCAAUGAUGUUGUGGAAAUCUUCGAUGUACUCGGUAUUGAAGCUGUACGAAAAGCAAUUGAACGUGAAAUGAAUCAUGUCAUCUCAUUCGACGGUUCUUAUGUUAAUUAUCGUCAUUUAGCUUUGUUAUGUGAUGUUAUGACCACCAAAGGACACUUAAUGGCUAUUACAAGACAUGGUAUCAAUCGACAAGACGUUGGACCAAUUAUGAGAUGUUCAUUCGAAGAAACUGUCGAUGUUUUAAUGGAAGCAGCGGCACAUGCCGAAGCAGAUCCAUUGAAAGGUGUUUCAGAAAAUAUUCUUCUCGGACAAUUAGCCAAAAUCGGUACAGGUUCAUUUGAAUUAUUGUUAGAUGUAGAAAAAUGUGCAUCGGCUAUGGAAUUACCAAUGAAUUUUGGACAAGGACAAUUUGCUUUAAUGGGACAUGAAGCGCAACAAGAAUUCGAACGUGAUCGACAUGGUCCUGGAACGCCUUGGAUCAAUUCAUUGUCAACAACACCAUCGCAUUGGCCACAAACGCCUGCACAAAUGACACCGAUGGGACAAGGUGGAUUUUCACCAUCAUCAACAGCCGAUACAAUUGGCUUUUCACCUGCUUAUUCACCUGCAUAUCCAUCAUCACCUGGUAAUAUGUCACCAUCGCCAUAUACAAACAUUCAAUCGCCAUUAUCACCUUCAAGUUAUAAUCCACAAUCACCCGGCAAUUAUCCAGUUACAUCACCAUCGUAUUCACCGAAUUCACCAUCGUAUUCUCCAACCUCGCCAAGAUAUUCAUCAAAUGAUUUCUAUGGUUCGAAAUCUCCUCAUUAUAGCCCAACAAGUCCAUCCUAUGGCGCAACAAGUCCAACCUAUUCUGGUAGUGGUGCAAAACAAGGUUCAACAUCGCCAUUCUAUUCACCAACAAGUCCGUCUUAUUCACCAACAUCACCAUCAUACUCACCAAAUCGUUCAUAUUCACCAACAUCGCCAACUUAUUCAGCACAAAGUCCAGCAUUGAAAAAUCAAGCUUAUGGAACAUCACCUAAAUAUAGUCCAACAAGUCCAAGUUAUUCUCCAUCGUCACCAUCGUAUUCCCCAACAAGUCCAGGAUAUUCACCAUCAUCACCUGGCUAUUCACCAUCUAGUCCACGUUAUUCUCCAUCGUCACCCGGUUAUUCAAAUACUGGUCCAUCACCAAAGUAUUCACCAUCAUCAAAAUAUUCUCCACAAAGUCCAUCAUAUUCACCAUCAAGUCCUUCAUACACUCCAACAAGUCCAUCUUAUUCACCAACAUCACCAACGUAUAGUCCAACAUCUCCAACCUAUUCACCUCAAUCUCCAUCAGGCCCAUCGACACCUUCAUACAGUCCAACAUCUCCUACCUAUUCUCCAACAUCACCGCAAUAUUCACCAAGCGGUCAUGGUGGUAGCAGUGCAUCACCAACCUACUCACCAACAUCACCGACGUAUUCUCCAACAUCUCCUACAUAUUCCCCAACAUCACCGCAAUAUUCACCCAGUUCGCCAGUUUACAAACCAUCAGGCAGUCAAUCUGGUUACACCUCAUCUCUUUCCCCAACAUCACCACAAUAUAGUCCAACAUCACCAACAUAUUCUCCAUCUCAAUCAUCACCAAGAUAUAGUCCAACAUCUCCAAUCUACAGUCCAAAUAUUGGUUCACCACGUUAUAGUCCAACAUCACCUCAAUAUUCUCCUCAAUCUCCCGCAUCAUCAACAAUAUCUUCAUCAAUGUCUUCACCACGUACUCAUGAUGAUGAUGAUUUAAAUGACAAUGGAGACUUAAUGGAAUGA